AUGUCGAACUGGCAGUCAGACCCGCUGCAUCCCAUCGCUGUCCUCCUCGACGAGCUGCGAGCAGAAGAUGUCGCGCUCCGACUGAACGCCAUCCACCGCAUCUCGACCAUCUGCCUCGCCCUCGGCGCCGAGCGAACCCGCACCGAGCUGAUCCCGUUCCUCCAAGAGUCGCUCGACGACGACGACGAAAUCCUCCUCGCACUCGCUGAAGAGCUGGGCGGCACGUUCGUCGAGUACGUCGGCGGACCCGACUAUGCGCACCUCGUCCUCCCCAUCCUCGAGCACCUUGCCGGAGUCGAGGAGACGCUCGUUCGCGACAAGGCUGCCCAGUCGGCGAACCAGAUCUGCGACGUCCUGAGCCAGGAACAGGUCGAGGAGCACUUUGUCCCGCUCGUCCGACGCCUCUCGACCGGCGAGUGGUUCACCUCGCGCACGUCGGCCACCGCCCUUUAUGCCGCCGCAUACCCGAAGGCGACGCCCCCCGUGCAGGAGGAGUCGAUCAGGAUGUACUCGAAGCUGUGUGAGGACGACACGCCGAUGGUCCGACGAGCCGCGGCGAAGGAGCUCGGCGGUUUCUCGAAGCAGCUCGGCCACGACAACCUCGUCAACAGCCUCCUCCCCGCCUUCCGCAAACUGUCGGGCGACGACCAGGACUCGGUCCGGCUACUCACCGUCGAGUCGAUGAUCGCGAUCGCCGAGCAACUGAGCGAGGACGAGUGCAAGAACCUCCUCGGGCAGACGAUGAAGUCGCUCGUCAACGACCGGAGUUGGCGGGUGCGGUACAUGGUCGCCGACCACUUUGUCAAGCUCGCCAAGGCGGCGGGUGAAGACAUCGUUCGCGACGAGCUCGUUGCGGCGUACGUUGCGCUGCUCAAGGACCAGGAGGCGGAGGUUAGGACCGCGGCGGCUGGGCAGAUCCCCGGCUUCGCCGAGCUUGUCGACCGCGACACCAUCCUCAACCGUCUCAUGCCCUGCAUCCGCGACCUCUCGACCGAUGCUUCUCAGCACGUCCGCGCCGCGCUCGCGAGCCAGAUCUCCGGCCUUGCUCCCCUCCUCGGCAACGACGCGACCAUCGAACACCUCCUCCCCCUCUUCCUCCAACUCCUCAAGGACGAGUUCCCCGAAGUCCGGCUCAACAUCAUCUCGAAGCUCGAGGUCGUCAACAACGUCAUCGGCAUCGAGCUCCUCUCGAAGGCUCUCCUCCCGGCCAUUGUUGAGCUCGCCGAGGACAAGCAAUGGCGCGUCCGACAGGCGAUCAUCGAGUACAUCCCGCUCCUUGCCAAGCAGCUCGGCGUCGCCUUCUUCGACGAGCAGCUCGCCAACCUCUGCAUGGGGUGGCUCGGCGACCCCGUCUUCUCGAUUCGCGAGGCGGCAACGAUCAAUCUCCGCAAGCUCACCGAGGUUUUCGGCGUCGAUUGGGCCAAGGAGACGAUCAUCCCGAAGGUCAUGGAGAUGGGGCACAACGUCAACUACCUCUACCGCAUGACGACUACUAUGGCACCGGCUCUCGACAUUGACUCGAUCCGGUCCUCGAUCCUUCCCACCGUCGUCUCGCUCUCAGCCGACCGGAUCCCCAACAUCCGUUUCAACGUCGCCAAGGCGUUCGAGGUUCUGUCGCAGUCGCUCGCAUCGCAGCAGGGCGGACCCGACCUCGUUUCGAGCGAGAUCAUCCCGGCGCUCGACAAGUUGAGGAGCGACACGGAUGCCGACGUGCGCUUCUUUGCGGAGAAGGCGUCCGAAAAGGCGAGGGAGGUCGCGAGCGGCGAGGCGCAGGCUGUCAGCGAGGAGGUCGUCAUGACCGACGCUUGA